AUGGCCUCCUCCUCCCUGAAUCCUGUGGCCCAGAUGCCCCCGCUGGAUGCUGAGGGGGUGGGGGUGGCAGAGGGGGAGCAGGAGGGCCCAGGCGAGGGACCCUCGGGCAGGAGGGGCAGGAAGAAGAAGAAGAAAAACUACCACCGGCAUCUCAAGCCCCCUUACACCUAUCUGGCCAUGAUAGCCCUGGUCAUCCAGGCAGCCCCACAACGGAAGCUCACCUUGUCCCAGAUCCUCAAGGAGAUCGGCAACCUCUUCCCCUUCUUCAAGGAAGGCUACCAGGGCUGGAAGGACUCCGUCCGGCACAACCUCUCGGCCAACGACUGCUUCCGGAAGAUUUUGAAAGACCCCUCCAAGCCGAAGGCGAAGGGAAACUUCUGGACCGUUGACGUGGACCUCAUCCCGCCAGAAACUCUGAAGCUGCAGAACACGGCUGUCUCCCGUCAAGGGGAGACGGCCUUCGCGGUCGACCUGGCUCCUUUCGUCUACCAUGGCUGGUCUCCGAAAGCCCCCCAGCCGCCCCUCAACGGGCCCGCCCCGGAGGGGAGUGGGUUCCCAAGCGGUGCAGGGGGCAGCCCCUUCAGCAUCGAGGCCUUGCUCCACGACUUCCAGGGCGUGGGUCUGUCGGGGAAAGUGGGGGCCGAGAGUGGGCCGCCACGGAGCCCCACCGCGGCCUCAGAGGUCUGGGGCACAGUCCCCAUCUUCCAGGUCUCCUCGGGCACCCCAGUCCUUCCCUGGCGGGCCCCGGGCCCUCUGCCCGGGCUCCGUUCCCUCUCGUCCUCCAGCAGCACUGCCUCCCUCAGCUCCUUGUCCGCCAAUGAGGAGCCCAAAAAGGGGGCUGGCACCCCGAUUUUAGCCAAGCGCCCCAGAAUCCUCCACCCGGCUCCCGAGACCAGCGACUCGGACUCCCGGGAGGGCACUCCGCCCCCCGCUGCCCCAUUCUGGGAGCAGCUCCCCACUUCAUAUACCCCAUGUGUGGCUCCCAAUGUGGUGGUGCCCCCCCAAAGGCAGGCAGUGUCCUUCUCCCCCAACCCAGCCUUCCCCCCUUACAGCCCCCUGCCUUUCCCACACCCAGCCUACUGGGAGCUGAUGCCCCGGCCCUCUCUGAGUCCACUCUCCUCUUCCGGGGUGGACUUGGGCCUGGAGGAUGCCAUGCCACCCAACAAGACGAUCUAUGAUGUCUGGGUGACCAAUCCCAUGGACAUCGUCCCCCCGGCCUUUCCCCAGACAAGCCCUUCCACCCGGAGCUCAGUCCUGACCCACUACGACCCCUCCUGA